AUGUCUUCUUUAGUUGGCUUCAACAAUGUUCACCUUGAGUGCACCGAAUUUCACAUUGAUGGUGAGCUUAAUUACAAUUAUGCUGAAUUUACUUUAGUACAGUUUUAUUCCAACAAUUCUAAUGCAUCAAUCGAUGCAAAAUACGUUUUUCCGAUCAUUUCCGACAUACACCUAUCUGAACUCAAAAUAGUAAAAGGCGAUAACUCGCAUAUAUUUAACAUUCAAGAGCCUAAUAAGCCUCUAAAAUCUUACCAAGACGCAAAAAAUGCAGGUGAAAGUGAUUUUCUGCUAAAAAAGUUGGGUGACUUUGACAUGAUGGUUUUUGAUAUUGGAGAAGUUGCAGAGGGGUCAGAAAUAAAAAUUGAUGCUACUUAUGUCUGCAAAUCAGAGCAGAUAAUUCCAGAGAACUUUUGAAAAUUCAUAAUCCCUAAAGCUCUAUUUCCAAAUAAACUUGAAAAUGUUCCUUGCUCUGCAGAAAUCACUACAAUUUGGGGAAAUGAAUCAAGAAAACAAAAAGGUGAGGUCAAUGUCAAAAAUGGGAAUUCAGUGACACUUGAUAAAAAUCGCCACAAGGUAAAUUUUAUGAAUUUUAGCCCUGAAAAUGAUAUUGAAGUAACUUAUUAUCAAGAAAUUCCUAAUGAGCCAUUUAUUAUAUCUAUAGCUCUAUAUCAAUCUCCUUUUGAUGAAUUUUAUAAGAGUUUUUUUAUUGGAUUAUGACCUAUAUUAUGAUCCUCAAAACAUAAUUUUAAUCCUGGUCCUAUAGAGAGUUCUAUAAUGGUGAAUAGGUUAUAUUGUUCAAAAAGACGAAGGUACAAAUAGGCAUGCUUUUUAUUUAUCCUACAAGCCAGACGAAGAGCUUUUAGAUUCAAGUGGAGCAGCACAGAUUGGAGAAUUCAUUAUAUUGCUAGACAGAAGUGGAUCAAUGUGCAGCAGAAUACAACUAGCAACAGAAGCUGUAGCACUAUUUAUUCGCUCACUACCUGAAAACUGCUACUUCAAUGUUGUAAGCUUUGGAAGUAGCUACGAGGCAAUGUUUAAAAAAAGUAAAAAAUAUGAUAAAUGCUCAGCUGAUGAAGCACAUAGAGUCGUUCUUCAGUAUAAUAGCAACAUGGGAGGAACCAACCUUUUUGAGCCUUUAAAAUAUGUUAUAGAAGGCAACAGAAUCCCUGGGUACCCUUUAAGCGUCUUUGUUGUAACUGAUGGAAAUGUGUGGGACAGCUUACUCCCCGAUCCUUGAUCGAACGAUUGACUGUAAAAAUUCCUAAAAAUUGGAAAAAUAAACCCUCAUCUUUGAUCGAACGAUUUCCAUAUCAUCCAAAUUUUUAUAUAUAUAAAAAUUAAUUAGUUAUCAAAGCUUGGGAAGAUGUGCCUAAUGAAGUUAUUUCAGAGACUUUGAGAUCACAGGAAACUACGGAAUCAGCCAUCCAAAGUGCUUUAGUCAUCAACCUGGGCUUAAAAACUCAAUAAUCUAAUAAAAUAGAGAUUCUUUAAAAUUUAAAAUUUUUGAUUCAAUAAGAAACAAAUUAAAAUUUAUACAGUUUAAAGUGGUAACCAAAAAAUCAAAAUAUUAAAAAUUGAUAUUCUUAUGAAAUUCAUUCAAUUUUUUGCUGUAAAAAUAAUUAUUAAAUACUCUUAACCCUCUUAUUUAAAAAUAUAUAAAAUAUAUAUAUAUUUUUUAUUUUAUAUAUAAAAUUUUUUCCCAAACAAUUUUUUUUAACCCCCAUCCUUGAUCGAACGAUGUCGAGCCGUUCGAUCAAGGAUGGGGGGAAGUUAGAGGAAUUUAAGAAGUUAAUAGGGAAGCAUAAAGAUGUCAAAAUCAGCACUAUUGGUAUUGAUACAGAUCAAGCAUUUAUUGAUAAUCUUGCAAAAAUGGGCAAUGGCACUUCUCAGCAAAUAAAGAGCAUUAAUCAAAUAAAGCCAGCCAUUUUAAGCUCGCUGAAACAAGUUUUAGUCUCUGCCAUUACCGAUAUUAAGCUGGCAGACUAUAAACCAUUUGAUUUUGUUUGGCCAAGAGACCCAUUCAGUGUUUUUUCAAAUGAAAAGAUUGAAAUUUCAGGAGUUUUUAAGAAAGGGAAACUCCCCAAAAGCAUCACUCUGCAAUUUCAAAGCGAAAAACUGGGCUCAAAAGAUAUAGAACUGCCUAUUAUUGACGGACAAAUAGUAACUUCAAGCUCAAUUCUUGUGCUAGAAGCCAAAGAAUAUUUGAAGCGAUGUGAUAAAGCAGAAUCCAUUAAAAAAUCCAAAGAAUAUCAAGUUGAAGGCGAAUAUACCUCAUUUGAUGCUGAAAAAUACCAAAAAACUGACUUGCCACCAGAAGUGAAGCCUAAAGCGGCUCCCAAGAAAAAAGUAUCAAACGCAAGAACUAUAGCUCCUACUAUUGGUAUAAAAAAGCCAUUUAGGCUUAGACCAGGGAAGCUUGCAGAAAGAGAAAUAAAAAAAUACCAAAAUUCAACAGAUUUAUUAAUCCCCAAAACAAAAUUCAAAAAUAUUGUCCGGACUAUUAGUAAUGAUACCAUUCCUGACAUGAGAUUCCAAAAAGAAGCUUUUCAGGCGUUUCAUGAAGCAGCUGAAGCAUAUAUUGUUGACGUGUUCAAGGCUUCAGUUAAUGCUUCUGCAAAUCAUAAAAGAAUGACUGUCAGACCUGGGGAUAUGCAAGAAGCAGUAAUUGAUGUCCAGCAAGCAGGGCAAAAUCAGCAAGCAAGUCCUAAACGAGGAAAAACUAGGUCAGGGAGAGCCACUCCUGCUCAAAUUAAGCCUCAAGCUAAAAGAACUGCUAAAAAAUCUAUCCCUCGAAGAUCUACAACUCCUAGAAGCUCAUCAUCUACUAAAGUUUCAACACCUUCAGCAGCUACUCCUAGAACUCGAAGUGCUUCUAAAUCAACAGAAGUUGUCUUACAAGCCAAAAGAGGAAGAGGCAAGCAAGCCAAAGUAAUUCCUCCUCAAAAAAAGGCGAAAAUAGAAAAAUCUGAAGCUAAAAAUUUGCCUAAGCAACCCCAGAAAAAAAAUGAGGUAAAAUGCAUUGACGUUGGAUAUGAAGUUGAAAAAAUAAUGCAUCUACAAAACACUGAUGGGUAUUGGGAAACUUCUGCAAACUUAUCAGAUAUUGUGAAUAAUUUGCUUGAUUACUAUGUCGAUAUUUUUAAAUUUAAUGAGAAAUCGACUACAGCUUUGGUUGUUGCAUUGCUUGAAGAAAAAUGUAAAGACUAUAAGUGUUUGUGGGAUCUUGUAGUUAUGAAAGCUAAAAGAUGGCUUGGUAAGAACAAGCAAAAAUUGCUUAAGCUUUCAGAUUUUUAA